AUGCACAUUUUUAGAUACAUAUAUUUAAACUAAUUAUCGUCUUUAUCUAUAGCGAAGUAGUACAACUUUAAUUGCAGUCUUUUAAAUUAAUACUGAAUUUUUUAUGUGCAAUUGGAAAAUGAUGAAGGUGUCGAGUGGCACCAUCUACGCCAGAACACUCAAGUUACUUGCCAAUUAAUACUAUUCUUUUGUCACUAGGUGGUACCUGAAAAAAUAUUAAAUACUGUUACAAGCAGUAACUAAAUAUCUAUACAAAAAUUCCUUCAAGUUAAAGAGGCUGACAAUUUGAUUCCAAUUUAUUUUAAUCACUGAUACCUGAAUCUGCAUUUUUUAUGUGCAUAUAAUGAAAACCGAUAUUUAUUGGCACAUGUUAACUUGUUUCUAUUUUAUAAAUUUCAGUAUUUUUAAUGUUUGCAUAACUGCGCACUCUAGUGUGAAUCAUGGAAAACAUGCUGGUGUCCUGGAUAACUUAAUUGCAAUAUAAGAUGUAAAGUUUCACAACACUGAACCUAGCCAAUUACCUGUACAAUGGUUAUUUGUAAAUAUUAUCGACAAGGCAAUUGUCGCUUUGGACAGUACUGUCAGUUUCAACACAUAAAUACAUUCGGAAACAACACCAAGACUGAAUCUUACAAUCAGGAUGAAUAUACAGCGGUUGCGGUUGCAAAAGAAGUACUUAGUGCCGAAAGAGGAGGGCAAUGGCUGUUAUCUUGUUUUGCGCCACUUAAACAAAAACCAUGUAUUCCUGGUAUGGAAGAUGUAUCCCCGGAGGAAGUACGAUGGGAGAUGUACCAAGCACAAAAGAAUGGGAUGGUUGAACAGGCGAAACUACGUUUUCAACAACUGUGUCAAGACAUGAAAGCCAAAAGAGAAGCCUUAAAGAAUCCUACUCACGAGACUAUAGAGAUGCUUAAAGAACUUCAGGGGACUGGUCAAAAAGGUAAAUUAAAUACAAGUAGAAAUAAAUUAAGAAAAUCAUCAAAUUUUUCAUUUGCAACUCCUCAAUUAGGUAUCCCGGGGAACACUUCAACCUCUAAUGUAUUUGGCAGUAAAACAUUUGGAAAUCAGAGCAAUCCUUUCAGUGGAAGUUUUACUUCUACUAGUAGCUCAUCGAUAUUUGGAAGAGCCAAUACAUCCAAUCCUAUAUUUGGAGGGACUCCAGGUUUUGGCAAUAACUUGGGCUUUGGUAGUGGAACUAGUACUAGCUCUGUCUUUGGUGGAACUACAAAUACUACUACUACAUUCAAUACAGAUCAUUCAUAUACCAAUAGUGGUUCUAUUUUUGGUGGAAGUGCAUCACAGAAUGUUUUUGGGCAGCCCAGUAUUUUUGGAACAUCCAAUCCAGUAAACAAUGUAUUUGCCAGACCUCAAACAUCGCAAUCAACAACAUCAGUAUUCAGUGGAGCAACAUCCGCUCCAUCAUUAUUUAGCGGUUCCACUUCUCAAGCAAAUGCGCCGAUUCUAAAUCGAUACAUGGGAGGAGCUAAUAAAACAUCCACGGCUAAUCCGUUCGGUAAUUCUUCGACCCUGCAGACUACGAACUCAAUAUUCGGAGCAACUGCAUCAACCGGGGCAUUCAGUUCUGGAUUAUUUUCUCAAUCUAAACCCGCCUUUGGAGGAGCACCUGUGUUUGGUAGCGCAGCAAAUUUUGGAAACGCAAAUACACCCAUGUUUGGCGAACAACCAGGAUUUGGCGGUUCUAACAAUAUAUUUGGUGGAACCAAUAACACUACUCCGACAUUUAGCUCAGCUGCUCAACCUACAAAUGCUUUCGGAGCUACUGUGUCUACGCCUGCUGUGAACUUAUUUGGUAGUAAUGUUCCAACUACAUCUGUUAUAUCAACCUCUAGUGCAACCCCAUUUGGUACAGCUACCACUGCAACUAGCAGUCCUUUUGCUCCUGCAACCUCACAAUUUGAAGCCGCGAACUCAACUGCUGGACCCUUCUCGCGACCCACAUUUGGUAUGUCCACGAGUACCAGUGAAAUGUUUGGUACUACUGUGACAUCAUCCGGUACACCUUUUGGAACUACUACAAAUACUGGACUGACCUUUGGUACACCUAGCACUACAACCUCCCCUUUCACACCCUCUACAAUUGGCGGUGAUUUGAAGAGUUCACCCUUCGCUACCACUAAUACUACAGUCACAACUACAACUACCAAUCCGUUUGCACCGAGGACACAACAAACCACUUCACCGUUCGGCAAUUUUGCACAAAAUCAAACGGCUAAUACUGUUACUGUAUCCUCCAGUGAGCCAUUUGGUAAACCUGCAUUUGGCGUUACUAUGACCGCUACUAUCAUUGAUGAUAGUAUUUAUACAGCGGAAGAUCAAUUGACCGAUGAUGAGAAAAGCAUGUAUUUGGCAGAGAAGUUUACUUUCGGCAAGAUUCCAUUAAAACCGCCUACCAAAGCUAUGAGAUAACUCAAUUUAUAGGAGGUUAAUAAUACAAUUAUAAGCUGUGAUAUUUUUUUACUAUACAAUUAUGAUUAGGACCAAUUUCACAGAUCUAUAGUGACGAUAAAUAAUAUAUUUGCUGUUUGAACAUGACUCUUUUUGUUUAUAAAAUUCAAGGAAACGCUCCUUUUGUAAACAACAUUUAAAUUGUAACCAAGCACGCAAUAAGAUCUUCUAA